UGCUCGGUUGUUCCCCGGACCACAAAGAAAAUAUAAACAACCAAUAAACAUAAUAAACAAGUGGAUAAAUAAGGAAGCGAGUGCAGGGAGGGCUCAGAUAUCAAAAUGGUAUGGUUUUAUAUGUAUUCAUUUUUUUGGUAAAGAAAUCCUUUCACCACCACCUCAUUCCUCCGUCAAAGGGGAAGAAGAAAGGCAAGGGAGAGUGGGAACCAAGCCCACCUAUUGGCCACCCUUUUCCGUUCCUUUCUAUUUUUGCCUAUAAAAUAGUAAGACUAGAUAGGAAAGGCAUCACCCACCACCUAGGCCAAAGCCAAAUAGAGAAAGAGGCUCCAACUCCGUUUGUGGCCAUUGAUAAAGCUCGUCUUCCCGGAAAUUAAGUUUUCCAUAGCAGAUCUGAUACAUCUGAUACUGGGUUUUUGGUGGGUUGAGAAGAGGAGGGAGAAGAAGAAAUAUGGGGAGGGGAAAGAUUGUGAUCCGGAGGAUUGACAACUCCACCAGCCGCCAGGUGACGUUCUCGAAGCGGAGGAACGGGCUAUUCAAGAAGGCCAAGGAGCUCGCCAUCCUCUGCGACGCCGAGGUCGGCCUCGCGAUCUUCUCCAGCACCGGCAGGCUUUACGAUUUUGCCAGCACCAGCAUGAAGUCAGUGAUAGAACGCUACAACAAGACCAAAGAGGAGAAUCAUCUAGUUAUGAAUGCAAGUUCAGAGACUAAGUUUUGGCAAAGGGAGGCAGCAAGCUUGAGGCAGCAACUGCAUAACUUGCAAGAAAGUCACCGGCAGUUGUUGGGAGAAGAGCUUUCUGGCCUAAGUGUGAAAGAUCUACAAAAUCUAGAGAACCAACUUGAGAUGAGCUUACGUGGUAUCCGAAUGAAGAAGGACCAACUUUUGAUCGAUGAAAUUCAAGAACUAAACCGAAAGGGGAACCUUAUUCACCAAGAAAAUAUCGAACUAUACAAGAAGGUAAACCUUUUUCGUCAAGAAAACAUGGAAUUGCAGAAGAAGGUUUAUGCAAUGAGGGGUGUAAAUGGCAUUGAUAAAGGUCCGAUUACUCCAUAUGGUUUUAAUGUCACCGAGGAUGCAAACAUAUCCAUUCAUCUUGAACUCAGCCAGCCACAACUGCAAACAGAUGCAACGUAAGCUGCAGCACCAAAACUAGGCUGACUUCAAUUGCAUUGACAAGAUGAUGCGCAAAUCAUGGGUUGCUCCUUGUGUAUCCUUUGCCAGUGUAGUUACAACAGCAUGCUAUUAAUGAUCACCUGUGGUGUACAAGGAAGAGAAGGAUCUAUUCCCAAAAAAUGGUGUGAAAUAAUCAGAAUAACCAAUUACUCUGUCAAGCUGUGUUACUAUUAAAAGGUGAUGGCUGUGCUAGGGAUUUCAGUUUAA